AUGUAAGCAACAAAUUCUUCAGUGCAAUUUGGUUAGCUCUAUGAGCAAAAGAGAAUUCAAGAGAGAAACAUUCAGAUUGCUAAGAGUAUUCUUGAUAGCAUUGACUAGCUGGAAACCGAACCAGAUGCAGUAAAGAGAUGGGGUUGGGAGCUUAUCCAAAAUGCUCAAGAUGCCUAUGAUGCUUCAAAACCAGUGAAAAUUAGAAUAAUCUUGGAAGAAGAUAAAUUGAGAUUCUUGCACAAUGGAAGGCCCUUCAGUCUCAAAGACAUUAUGAAUCUAGUUGAAAAGGGCUCAGAUAAAGAUAGACCUCAGUAUUAUAGUGAAACUCCUCAACCUGAUGAUGACUUUGAUUCUUUUGUUAACGCAAAUAACAGCAUUAACAGUACAUCUCUGCAGCAGUCAGAUAAUUAAGCUUAAAACUUGAAUCUUGAUGAAAUGGUCAUUCCAGAAACAACUGGCCGAUUUGGUACUGGCUUUCUAACUACAUAUUUACUAUCUAAAAAAGUUUCAGUUGAUGGUGUCUUUCAGCAUACGGACACAGAUUAGUGUCUUUAUAAGAAAUUCUAGCUUGUGCUAAACAGAGACACAAAAGAUGUCUAAAAAAUGCUAAGUAACAAUUAGAAAUCCUCAGAAAUUUUCAAAAACCUUGAUAAUCAUGAAAAAUGGCCAUUCCUAGAAGACUAUGAAUCUGGACUUGACUUUGAUACCUGCUUCACUUAUUAUCUUUCUGAGCAUGGUGUCAGAAAUGCUUAAGAAGGUCUAAAGAACCUGAUAGCAUCAACCCCUUAUGUGAUUGCCUUCAGCAAGAAAAUUGAGACUAUUGAGAUAUUUGAUAGAAUUGAAUAGUAGAAGCAGCAAUAUACUUUCAGAAUAGAUAGGAAUCCUGUAAUUACAUUAGGAGACAUCUAGAUCCUCAAAUAUUUCAUCAAUGAUGAAGAGAAAUAAAUGAUUCUUGCAUUCAAUAAGUACUCUUAAUUAGCUUGCUUUGUUUAAUAAAAAGAAGAUGGAAUGUAUGAAAUUGUUGAAAAAGAUUCUUGCAUUCCUAACUUCUUUGUUGACUAUCCUUUGAUCGGCUCUCAAUCACUUAAAUUCUCAGUAGUGUUCAACUCUCAUCUUUUCUAUCCCAAUGAAAAGAGAUCAGGCAUCUGUCUUGAUGAAAGCCUUGGUUUUAAGGCUUAACUCAACACUCUUGUAAUGCAAAAACUGUCUCAAUUAUUUUAGAACUUCUUGGACUUUGUAAUAAAUUAUGGAUUUUCAAGUGUCCAUCAUUUAAAGCUUUCUUCAAAUCAUCUAGUCGGAAAUUAAAAUAUGUUCCUUAAGAACUUGCUGAUUACUCCUAUUAUCUCAAAAUUCGUUGAGUCUGCAAUAAUAGAGUGCAAAGACGGGUUGGCUCCGCUAAAGGCAAUUAUGAUCCCCGACAUUGAAGUUAAUGAACUCAAGAGUUUUAAUUAAUAAUAAGUACUUGACCUAUGGAAUAUCUUAGAUAUGAUAAAUGAUAAUCAGAGGGAAUUAAUAAAGAGGGAUUUUCUUUAUAUUCAAAAUUGGAUCCAGGUGUUUGAUGAUCAAGAUUGGAAACCUCAUCUCAAUAAUACUCAAAAAUGUGUUCUCACUCACAUACUUGCAGCUUUAGAUGAUGUCAAAAUGUUUCUUGAAAAGAUCUAUCUCUAUAUUGAAAAUUAUAAAGACUUAAAUUUUAAGGCCAAAAUCAAAGAAUUGAAACUAUAUAUUGAUUAAAAUAACUAACUUAAGAAGUUAGAUGACUUAAAGGUUGAUGAUGGAAUCGAUGAAUAUUACAAAAAGAUUUGCUUGGAAUAUGGAUAUGAUUUGAGAGCUACACUAUUUCAUAAUAAUUAUAUUCCUUAUGUCUUUAAGAUUAUUCCUAAGAUGAAUGUUGAAGCACUAGAUGAUUAACUGUUAUAAGAUAAAUUCAUCUAUCAGGUUGUUGGUCUUUAAAGAAGCUAAGUGAUUAAACCUGGUCAAUUAGCUCUGUCUUAGAAUACUCUCUUCUAGCAAUAAUCUUAGAUACAGUAAAAUAAAGACAAAUAAAGAUAAGAGUUGUAAGAUUUAUUGAAGAAAACAAAUAUUAGCAUUCCAUCUAGUAAUAACUUAGGAUUGCAAAUUUCAGCAUUAGAUUUCCUAAAUCAAUUCUACCCUUUGAUAAAUAAUUACCAAAAACUCUACACAUCAAGGACCACCAUCACUAAAAGUGUAAUGUUUAACAAAAAAGAGGAAAAUCUAAGAUCAAGUAAGAAUUCGAGGAUAAUCCUUUUUCAAAUUUAUGAUGACUCUAAUAUGGCAAAUGAACUCCAUAUGACAUAACUCUUUAAUAUGUAUCUUGAGAUUAAAUAAAUUACUAAAGAUGAUUUUUUCAAGAGGACUUUGCAUACUUCAUUACCCUAAGCUCUACUAGUAAAGCACUUGGCUAAUCAUGAAAUUUUUUCAAGCAUUAAAAUGUGCUUGGAAUUCGAUUAAAUUAUUGUAGAAAAGUGUUCAAGCAUAGACUUCAUAAAAAAAUCUGAGUCCUUUCUUAAUAGAUUUGAUAAGCUCCAUUUAACUACAUUUAAAGAUGACAAAAUUGAGGGAGUUUCAGCAACUGAAUACUAUUUUCCAAAAUAUUAGAAAGAAAGAAAGAAUAUUCUUGUAAAGUUGAGAUAAAAUGGAGAGAUGACUAAUCUAUUAUUUGAGAUUUAUCAAAAUGAAUAAGAGCAACAAAUGAGGCUUCUCACUAAAGCAAUGAAAUCAAACUAUUAGGUUCUAGAAGGAAUAUUGAAAUAUGCGGGGGAGAAAGAUUAAAUUUCUGAAAAAAUUGUAGAUGUGAUUAAAAGUGAGGGAUUUUAAAGCUUAAAUGAUGAAGGCUUCAAAGAACUAAUUGAUUCCAUUCAAUAGAUUGCUUUUAGAACUUAGUAGCAGCCUCAAGCCUAAACUUUGGAGAGAAUCUACGACCUAUGA